UCCAUUCGAUGCACAUCAGGACUCUAGAGGUCCGGCAGAUGUGGAUUCUUCUCCUGAGCUUUUAAGCAGCAGCCCCUGUGUGAAGCCACAUAUCUGGUAUGUUGAUCCGAUCUGGUUCUGGCCUCUCAAGAAUUAAGAUCUAGAUCUGUAGACCGGCAGGAAGAGACUUAGAGUCCCCACCUGAUGAAAUCCUGGAGCAUGAGGGUGAGCCGAGCGCUGCGGCUGUCCUUUUUGUUGGUGGGACUAUGUCAGGCCCACCGUGCCCCUCCACGAGGUGUUCCCUCCACAUCACAGGAGGCCGGUGAGGUCCCCGUGGGCCAGCUGAGGAUGCUCUCGCUGGGACUGGCUCACCUGCUGCAGGGGUUGGUGGAGAGCGCCGAGCAGCUGGAGCGGCAGGGAGAGCAGGUGGCAGCAGAGCUGGACGGGGCCGUGGAGAGUCUCGAGAGCCUUCGUAAGCAGAGUUUACAGGCUGGACGGACUCACAGGCAGGUGAGGAAGGACCUGCAGACACUGAGUGCCAGGCGAGACAGGCUGUGGAGGGCGGCCAGAGAUCUGCAGAAGGGGCUGGUGGAUCUGGAGAGGGAGCAGGGAGCCAUGCAGCACCGCACGGACCGGAUCCUCCAGAAAGUGAAGAGCCUGACCAACCCGAGGUCAGGGGAUCAGACUCAGCUCCACAUCGGCUCAGUGAAGUUCAUCAUCGAUAAGCAGGCCCGAUGGCUCGCCAGUCUGUCCUCAGAGGUUUCAGCCCGAGACAGAAUGAUUGACAGGAGCAUGCGGCACAUCAACCACCUGGAGAAACGGGUGUCGAAGAGCCUAAGGGCAGAUUCUGGCUCCGACCGUGUCCGAUGAUCACAGCUGCAUCAACACAGUCGCUCUGAACUGAUCCGCUCGCAAGCUGCCAUGAGAAGGAUUUUAUAAAGCUGACAAAAUAAACUGCACAAAAGGAUGUGUCACAAUCAACAAAUGUGCCUCUAAUUUAGAUAAAUACACAUUUGGGUUGCUCUUCAACACCUACUCAGCUCUGACAACAGAAAACUAUCUUAUAAGUUGUGUUGAAAACUAUUGUCAGUGUGUCGUCCUCAACAACACACACCUCUGUUUAAAAAAAAUGGUUAAAAAAUAAAAAACUUUCCUGCUCCUGAGUCAUCGUGUUGUGACCCCGACUUCCACAAUAUCGUGGUUGACGGUGGUGGUGAAACGCCUUGUGAAGAUACUCAGAUAAACAGACGCACACUGAAGUCAAAGAAACCUUCAGACUAACAACUCUGAGAGUUUCAGCACCUAGAAGUACAUCACAACUAAUUUAGGUUUUUAAUGUCAUACUUUAAACAUGAUGGGUUUUACACGCAGGUCAUAUGUGCCACAACAUAACACAAUCAAAUGAAAUGGGAAAGUUGUUGUGGAGCAGGACAUGGAGCGGCCUUUAUCAAAAGUUACGUUGGCAUAAUAAUGAGUAAGAGCCAGAAAGUCCUGACAUAACACGGUAUAACCGUUAUAUAACCUCACAUCUUUCGGACAUGUUUAUUUAAAUGUCCUUAUAGGUCAGUAUAGCUCUCAACCUCAGGCUCCAGGCUCCAUACGCAAAGUGUGAUAAAUGCCCUCAAUUGACGUCGCUUGAGUCAGCCUCAGUUGGCUCUGAACACUACACAUUUGAAAAUACUCCUCAGCUCUGCUUGAGGCUAGAGCUCAAGGCUACAUUAGCCACUACUGUACUCACACAUGAAUCUCUGAUGGAACUGUCAGAGGUUGGGUUGCAUUUUGGGUAAUGUAGGUCUCAAAACAAUGUUGAAUGUUGUCCAUUGUGAGUCUGACAAGGUUUUGGAAGGAAAGCUUUACAUUAGUUUCAGAAAAUGGAGCUAUUCAUUUAUCCAACACAUUUUUAUUUGCUCAACAAUUUUUUUUUUUUUAGCAAAUUCCAUACAC